ACCGCUGCGCGGAAGGGCCGCGCGGGGCAUUGUGGGCCACGGCGGGCCCUGAGAGACGCCUCUUCGCUCGGGCCGCGGAAUGGCGGCGGCGGUAGCGAGGAGCCGGUGCUGGGCGGCGCUGGGCCGGGCGCGGGCCUCCUCCUCCUCCUCUUCCUCCUCCCCCUCCUGCCUGCGCUGGGGGCUGCGGGUCCCGGCCUGGGCGGCACUCGGGGCGAGGCCGGAGCUCCUGCCCCCGCGGCGCUGCCUCUCCUCCCGGAACCGCCCUGAGGGCAAAGUCUUAGAGACGGUCGGGGUCUUUGAAGUGCCAAAGCAGCAUGGCAAAUACGAGACGGGACAGCUCUUCCUCCACAGCAUAUUCGGAUACCGGGGAAUCGUCCUCUUUCCUUGGCAAGCCAGAUUGUACGACCGAGAUGUUGCUUCUCCUGUGCCUGAAAAGAGUGAUUCUGCGGCUGGACACGGAUCCAAAGAAGUGAAAGGCAAGACACACACUUACUACCAGGUCCUGAUUGAUGCUCGCGACUGUCCACACAUAUCUCAGAGAUCCCAGACGGAAGCCGUGACCUUCCUGGCCAACCACGACGACAGCCGGGCCCUCUACGCGAUCCCAGGACUGGACUACGUCAGCCACGAGGACAUCCUGCCCUACACGUCCACGGACCAGGUGCCCAUCCAGCACGAGCUCUUCGAACGCUUCCUCCUCUACGACCAGACGAAAGCCCCCCCGUUCGUGGCGAGGGACACGCUCUGCGCCUGGCAGGAGAAGAACCACCCGUGGCUGGAGCUCUCCGACGUCCACCGGGAGACCACCGAGAACAUCCGGGUCACCGUCAUCCCCUUCUACAUGGGCAUGCGGGAAGCGCAGAACUCCCAUGUUUACUGGUGGCGUUACUGCAUCCGCCUGGAAAACCUCAACAAUGAAGUUGUGCAGCUCCGGGAACGGCACUGGAGGAUAUUCAGCUUGUCGGGCACCCUGGAGACCGUGCGUGGCCGGGGAGUGGUGGGCCGGGAGCCGGUCCUCUCCAAAGAGCAGCCGGCCUUCCAGUACAGCAGCCACGUCUCCUUGCAGGCGUCCAGCGGGCACAUGUGGGGCACCUUCCGUUUUGAGCGGCCCGACGGCUCCCAUUUCGAUGUCCGGAUCCCCCCCUUCUCCCUGGAAAGCAAUAAGGACGAGAAGACGCCCCCUUCUGGCCUCCACUGGUAGAGCAGCCUUAGGAAGCCAGCCCCCUCCCCCCUUUUGCCCAAGCUCUGGACAGUUUUCCUCCCAGGACCCCCAGGCCUCAAGGGCCGACAAGAGCGUCCCUCCCGCCCCCGACUCCAUCCUGGACAAUGGCCGAAAGGGGCCCCCUUGGACCUUGAGGGGGGCGGGCUUUGGCCGUCUCUGCCCCCUCGCCACCGGCCUCCCGACGGGGGGCACCUGGAACACAGCUGUCCCGGACGGAAGCCGUCAAGCUCUCCGAAGGCCUGCGGACUCUUCCAGAUGUGAGGUGGUGUGUUUCUUCCUUCAAUAAACCGGCCUCCCUGUUACGGCUCCACCUUCCUUGUCACCUGCCUGUCCAUUGAUCCCCCUUUGCACUGGAGGGGGGGCGGCAGCAGGAGGUAAAGCCCAGGUCCUUCUGGCGCUUGAAUGGCAUCGUUCCCCCCUCACGCCCCCCCCCCUCUUGCCAGGCCACUUUGCACCCAACCUGUUAGCCCCCCCUGGCCUCAGAGUCUCUCCCCACCCCUUCAGUUGCUUUGAAUUGUGGCCAGGGGAUUCUGGGGGGGGGGGGGGGCAGCUGCCUAUGGCGAAACCAACUGCCGCUGGGCGCACAAGCAGGAAACUGACCUUUGCGAAGCAGCUGGAAGGCCGGAGAUUUCCUCCAGCCACCUGGGGUUGGCACACCUGGCAGAACGAGACUCCUGGUGCCAAAUUGGGAGGAAGAUGCCCAGAGUCUCUGCUGCCACGGGGCUCCCAGCUAUGAGGCCCUUUCUCAGCCAUCCCAGCUUCUAGGAAUCAUCCCGCGUGCCACAGAGGGGGACCUCUGCGCUUGUAAUAAAACGAGGACUUCUGAC